AACAGAUGAAGUCUUAUCAAUUAUCAUUGAGUGUCCUAUUUCCUCUGCUUUUCCAUUCUGGCCCGGAGACCUAAAUUUCAACAGGGAACAGAGUUCUACUUCUGCAGCGAAACCCCCAGGGAAAAGAAAGAGACGUAAAAAAUGAGCUACCACCAACAUAUCGCUCAUGAAUCUUACCAGCAACCAGGCAAGUUAACCCUUCAAUUUUUCUUUAAUUUCCCCCCUUUGUUUAACGGUGACGGUUGAUUGAUCGAGUUAUGAUGAAGAUCUGUGAUGUCUGUCGCCAGGGCCGCCGCCUCCGUAUCCACAAAAUGACCCCUUUCCCGGUCCGCCGCCUCCGUCGGUGUACCCACAAACUGAUUCCUUCCCCGGCCCGCCGCCGCUGCCGCCCCAACGCGGGUAUCAACGCUACUUCGAUGACAGCCGGCCGUCUUUAGCGCCGCCGUUCCCACACGCUGCCCCGGCGUGGCAUCAAGACCACUACCGGCGCUACGAUGACUUGGGUUGCUUCUCCUGUAUCAGGGCAUGCUUGGCUAUGCUUUGUUGCUGCUGCUUGUUGGAGCAGUGCUGCCCUUGAUGGAACCAAGAUGUGCGAGCUCGGAAUUGCAGCAGGUUGUAUGGUCGUUCUCACUUCACUAGUUUGAUAGUUCGGAAGGCUUUGUGGCUUUUGGUGUUUGCUCAAACUGGAUUCGUUGGACUUGUCAUCUUUAUCAAAUUGCAAUCAGAAAAUUGAUUCUGUUCAAAUUCAAUAAGGACUAAAAAAUGAUAGAAUAAUUUAAUAAAUCUUUGUCUGGAUGCUUGAUUGGCUACAACACUAACCAGGUGGUGGCUUUUGCUCAUAAAUGGUAGUAUAGAAGCGGUAAGCGGUAUCUAAACCAGCAUUCUUGUUCGUGCUGGUCCAUAAUCUAACCAGGUUCCUGGGCCAUUAACUAGUCACGUCUGCUUAUUAGGCAUCCUCCAUUGUCUUAAUAAAUUGAGGACAACCUCUUUGCAUUAGAACUUAAGAACUAUUAGUGAAUGAGACAUUUUGUAAUGAAAGAUAAUUUCGAG